AUGUCUCCCAGCAGACUCCCCACUCGGCUCGUCCACACUCUCAAAACCCACAAUGCCCCCGUCAACGCAGUCACCUUCUCCAGCUCCCCAGGAACAUACAUCUUAACCGGCUCCUCCGACCGCUCCAUCCACAUCUCGCGCGCCAUCCCGGACAGCAGCAGCAACAACAGGAACAUCAAGCAGCAAGGCGCCGGCGAAACCACCGCCCCGAUCCAGAAAUACGAAGCUCACGGCUACUCGGUGCUGGAUGUCGCCGUCGCAGCCGACAACGCCCGCUUCGCAAGCGUCGGCGGCGACAGACAGGUUUUCCUCUGGGAUGUGGAGCAGGGAGGCACGGUUAGACGGUGGAGUGGGCAUAAUGCGCGCGUGGAGGCUGUAGGGUUCGCUGGGGAGGGGGAUUCGGUUGUUGUUUCUGGCAGCGCCGACACCACCAUCAACAUCUGGGACACGAAAUCGCACUCGACCAAACCGAUCCAAACACUCACCGACGCGCGCGACACCGUCUCCUCGCUGCACGUGCACAUGCCCACGUACUCGAUUGCGAGCGGCAGCUACGACGGCCACGUCCGCGUGUAUGAUCUCCGCAUGGGCAGUGCGACGGUCGAUGUACUCGGGUAUCCGGUUACGAGUGUGCGGUGUUCCGCGGAUGGGAAUGCUGUGUUGGUUUCUACGCUGGAUGGGAGGAUUCGGAUGUUGGAUCGCGCGGAUGGGAAACUGCUGAAGGGGUUUGGGGGAGAUGAUAAUGGGGGUGGUAUGGAUGAUGGGAGAAAAUACCGCAAUAGCGAGCUGCGGAUUCGAUCGGUAUUUGCGAAGAACGACGCGGUGGUGCUGAGUGGCAGCGAAGCAGACCCGUCGACCGGGCAGGCCGGGAUGUUCGCGUGGGAUGUGCUGAGCGGGGAGGCCGUCGCGGGGGUUCCGGCCGGGGAGGGCGUCAAGGCCGUCAGUGCGGUGGCGUGGAAUGAGAGAGGGGGAUGCUGGGCCGGGGGUUGUUCAGAUGGAACCGUCAAAGUCUAUGGCUAG